CCGUCUCCGCCGGGGCCGCACGGAGGGCGGAGUUGCGGCCCGAGGACGCGACGCGAGCCCAGUUCCGGCGAGGAGGCCGCGCCAGUGACAGCGAUGGCGGCGGAGUCGGCGCUCCAAGUUGUGGAGAAGCUGCAGGCGCGCCUGGCCACGAACCCCGACCCUAAGAAGCUCUUGAAAUAUUUGAAGAAACUUUCCAUCUUGCCUAUCACAGUAGACAUUCUUGUGGAGACUGGGGUAGGGAAAACAGUAAACAGCUUUCGAAAGCAUGAACAAGUGGGGAACUUUGCCAGAGACUUGGUGGCCCAAUGGAAGAAGUUGGUUCCUGUAGAGCGAAACAAUGAAGCUGAGGAUCAAGAUUUGGAGAAGAGCAGUUCCCGAAAGCGCCCCCGAGAUGCUCUUCAGAGGGUGGAGGAAGUGGAGGGGGACUACCAGGAAAGUUGGAAAGCCUCUGGCAGUCGGUCCUACAGUCCUGAGCACAGGCAGAAAAAACACAAGAAACUCUCUGAGCCUGAAAGGCCUCACAAAGUGGCUCACAGUCACGAGAGGAGGGAUGAAAGAAAGAGGUGUCACAGAGUGUCACCACCAUAUUCUUCAGACCCUGAGUCUUCUGACUAUGGCCAUGUUCAAUCCCCCCCACCUUCCAGUCCACAUCAAAUGUACACCGACCACUAUAGGUCGCCAGAGGAGGACCAUGAGCCCAUCAUUUCACACCAGAAGCCUGGAAAAGUCCACAGUAAUACCUUUCAGGACAGACUAGGAGCUAGUCAAGAACGACACUUGGGUGAGCACCAGGGGAAAGGGGCUGUAAGCCAAAACAAGGAGCACAAAUCUUCCCACAAGGAGAAACGGCCUGUGGAUGCCAGAGGUGAUGAGAAGGGCUCUGCCCUGGGCAGAGAGAAAUCAUCACACAAGGCCUCUUCCAAAGAGGAGAACCGAAGGCUGCUCUCAGGGGACAGUGCCAAGGGGAAGCCACCCUCUAGUGUUGCUAAGAAAGAGAAGGACAGAGAGAGCAACAGUCUCAAGAAGAAGUUUUCACCUGCCUCAGAGGCUGUUUCAGAAAACCACUUUAGAAAGCCCAAACACAAGGACUCCGAGAAGAGCAAAGCAGACAGGAACAAGCCGAGUGCAGACGGCUUAGACUCGGGGAGAGGGACAGGGGACCUGCUGCUCAAAGCAAAAGAGAAAGCUCCCAACAGUCUGAAGAUCCCGGAGGGAAAAGGAAGAUCUAACUCGGAUCGAAAGUCACCAGCCUCGCUCCCUAAAGUAGAGGAGCCGGAGGUGGAUGAUGAGUUUGAGCAGCCCACCAUGUCCUUUGAGUCAUACCUCAGCUAUGACCAGCCUCGCAAGAAAAAGAAGAAGGUUGUGAAACCCUCAACCACAGCACUUGGAGAAAAAGGACUUAAAAAAAAGGACUCCAAAAGCGUUAGUAAAAACUUGAACUCAGUUCAGAAAUUGCCCAAGGUCAAUGAAAACAAGUCCGAGAAGUCACAGCCAGUGGUAGCUGAGCCUCCCAGGUCUCGAAAGGCCCCUACUGAUGUGCUGCCAGCGUUGCCAGACAUCCCCUUACCUGCUAUACAAAGCAACUACCGUCCCCUUCCUUCCCUCGAGUUGAUUUCUUCCUUCCAGCCAAAGCGAAAAGCAUUCUCUUCACCCCAGGAAGAAGAAGAAGCUGGAUUCACAGGACGCAGAAUGAAUUCUAAGAUGCAGGUGUAUUCAGGUUCCAAGUGUGCCUAUCUCCCCAAAAUGAUGACCUUGCACCAGCAGUGUAUCCGGGUGCUUAAGAACAACAUCGACUCUAUCUAUGAAGUGGGAGGAGUCCCCUAUUCUGUUCUUGAACCCGUCCUGGAGAGGUGUACACCUGAUCAGCUCUAUCGAAUAGAGGAAUGCAAUCACGCAUUAAUGGAGGAAACAAAUCAGUUAUGGAAAGUUCACUGUCACCGAGACUUUAAGGAAGAACGACCAGAAGAGUACGAGUCCUGGCGGGAGAUGUACUUGCGGCUUCAGGAUGCCAGAGAGCAGCGGCUGCGCCUGCUCACCAACAACAUCCGGUCUGCACAUGCCAAUAAGCCGAAAGGACGACAAGCAAAAAUGGCUUUUGUCAACUCUGUGGCCAAACCACCUCGAGAUGUCCGACGAAGGCAGGAGAAGUUUGGAACUGGAGGAGCAGCUGUCCCAGAGAAAGUCAGGAUUAAGCCAGCACCAUAUACAACAGGAAGCAGCCAUGUUGCUGCUAGCAACAGCAGCAGCAGCUUCCACUCCAGCCCCGAGGAGCUGGCCUUUGAUGGGCCCAGUACCAGUAGUGCCCACUUAGCUCCAGUGGCUAGCAGUUCUGUUUCCUAUGAUCCUAGGAAGCCAGCUGUGAAAAAAAUUGCCCCAAUGAUGGCUAAGACAAUUAAAGCUUUCAAGAACAGAUUCUCCCGACGAUAAAUAGGACUUGCCUUGGUGGUGGAGUCUGGGAAGCAGAAAUACAGGGAUGGUAGGGACAGGAGAAGAAGAUGUCCACAGAAGACCCAUAUCUUUUGCUUUGUGGAACUUUUGGCCUCUGACUCCUGCACAGUUGCAGGUAUCUUCCUGUGUGCCACAACCCUGCACCCUGCCUGGAGCACACUUCAGAUUUCUGAAGACAGUAUGAAGUCUCAGUCUUACUGAGGACUUUAAGGUCAAUUAUACUUUUAUUGCUAAUUAGCAUCUUUGUAAACUAUAAGACAUAGUUUUAAUUAAUAAAUAUUGCCCCCAGAUGUAUUUAUAGUACCCCCAGGGUUUUUUUUUAAUUAAAUAAUAAUUUUUUUU